AUGCCCAAACCUUCCUCUCUUUUUACCAAAUUACAAGUCCGCCUAAAACGUUUUCCUCGAUUGGAUGACGGUUUAGAGUCAACAGACGAAGAAGGAGAAUCAGAAUUUCACGCUAAAAAAUUUCCUAAUCCUUUAUUUGAUGGAGAAAUUAUUGAAACUACACCAAAAAUGACAGGAAGAAGACAAAGAGCUGUUCGCUUCAACUCUCCAAAUGGUCUGUCUCCACCUUCAGCUCCUCCUCGCCCACCUCUGCCAAAUUCAUUUCCUUCUGGCAACGCUGCAGCAUUACCUCCAAAACCAAAAUCUCCCCAACCGGCCCCAAGGCGUUCAUUUUCUCAAAUAAGCCCUCCCUCAAUUUAUUAUUCACAAAAUGGAAAUAAUUCUUCUGAUGAAAAUACUUGGAUUGCUAGUAAUCAAGAUAAUAAAAAUAAUUUUGGAGAAAAUUCACAACCACCAAGGCCUAAUCGAAAUAAUAAUAACUGUCAAAGAGCAAAUUCAUUAUUACGACAAAUGAGAAAUUCAGAGUCAAAUGAGUUUGACGAACCUAUUGAAUGUAGCAGUAGACAAAGAGCAGGUAAUUACAUAACUAAAAAUUUAGAAAUUUACAAUAAGGGGAUUGAGGAUAGAGAUUUUUGA